CGACGAAGAUGAAGGAAGUGGAGGAGGAGAUGAAGAAAAAGGAGAAGGCUGCUGAAGAAGAAGUGGCCGCAAAGGAAGAAAAAGAAAGAAUGAGGAUUGAGAGCAGAGAGGGGAGUAGUGGCACGAAGAAGGACACAGACGCUGAGAUUGAGAAAAAGAUCAGCGAGUGGGUUGCUAACUUAUCGUUGGGAGAAGAUGAAGAGGCGGAGUCAUAUGUGACUGAAGAUGAGAAGGCCGCAUUGGCCGCUGAGCUAGCAGCCAUGACGGAUCCUAUGGAACGAACAGAGAGGGAAGAUGAGCAAAAGUUGCAAUGGAAGUUGAGAAUGAAGAGGGAGAAGAGGAGGAGGAGAGAAGAAGUGAAUAAGAUGACCGCAACAGUGGCAAAGGUGCAAGAGUGUAGAGCGGAGGUGUUGGCGCGGCCAGAUGAAAAGACCAAGUGGGAUAAGGUACUGGGCUACCUAGAGGUAUUGAGCAAGGCCUGGAUGGAGGAGCGUCAGACAAGUUGGAGCCAGGAUGUAGCCUUGAGUGUGAUGCGGUCAAGAUUUAGGGAGUUUGCGCGCGAGGUCGUCACCCAUAUUGGGGGAAAAGUAAAGCAGUUGAGAGAUUACGUAGGCAAGUUUUGUGAGGGCGCCAUCGAGGGCGCGAAAGCCAUAGCCGCGGUAAAGGGCGAGGCCAGACCUUGCAAGGACCCAGUAAAGCUCAAGUUCCCAGAUGCUUAUGGAGGGAAGAAGGAGGAGAACUUUGACAACUCGGAAGGCAGUGUCAGCAGUUGUAUUUACCUACAACACAUCUUGAUAGAGGAGCAAGUCCUUGUGGCCUUCCAGGCCCUGAAGGACGAAGCGGCUAGUUUCGCUAGAUCCCUUGCGCGCGCGGCCGGUUGCGAAAACAACCUGGUCGCCUACUCCAAAGUCACCCCCCUCUCUCAGUUCCUUAAGCUCCUGAAGGAGCGGUUUGCUGACCCAACGCGAGGCGUCAGAGCCUCAGACAAAUUACAGACAAUCCACUCACCACAGUGGAGGAGUGCAAGGGCACUCAAGGGUACUAUGGACGAUUUGGUAGCCGUCCCGGACCAUGGGGUCAAGGAAACCCAGUUAGUCCAGUUGUUUUAUUGUGCCAUGCCAGAGGCCCUAUGUGGGCACUUCUUUAACAAGUCUUAACAGGCCAGGAUCACAUAUGAUGUGUUGAGUAGGGAGGUGGUCCUGUAUGAGUCAAAGUCUAUGCCAAUCACCACUUUC